UUUACUGUGUUAUGGCGUCUGGUUUUCUCACAUUUAUUCUUGUUUCUUCCUUUGUGAUAUAUUCCUCUCACACUGGCAUCACAGACUGGGACGACGUUGUGGUGGCUAGAGAGGGCAUGUCAACCACCUUGAUCUGUAACGAUACAACAGUGAGGGGUGCCGUGGCCAUUAACUGGAUGGUGAAGCCAGUUGGUGCGGAUGAAUGGAAACUGGUUCUCUCAGCCAGCGAAAGGAAAGAGUUCUCCGGAGGUGCCUCGAAGGCAUCCAUGCGAUUGACCGACCCUAACUUUCAAGACACGGGGGUCUUCUCUCUGUUCUUUCUUCCCAAAAUGGAGGACAGCGGUCUCUACUCAUGCUUGAUCAAACAACGAGACAGGAAGCUAAAGGAGAGGAUUAUCCUCUUAGCUAUCCUCACAGUCACUGUUGUCCCCGCUGCACCCAUUUUGCAGCACAGCACCCUGCGCCUGAUUGCCAGGGUCAGUCCUGACUUUGCCGUCACCAACAUCACCUGGGCAGCACCUGGCGGCAUUUCCAUGAAGAGCGAAAAAAAGCCAGCCAUAGGCACAGUGGCCAAGCUGCCACAGGUCCAGACCAGUGACGACGGGACCUACAUCUGCACGGUUCGCCCCUGGGGCAACAGCAGCAGCGCGCUUUUUGCCUUCAACGUGGACGUGGAUGUCGAUGCUAACAAUGUGGCCCAUUUCACCAAUAUAACACAUGCCCCUAUGAUCUCCACUGCCACUCAGGCUCAGACAUCCUUCACGCUAGCCUGUCCUGGUGCCCCGGGGGACUACGUCCUGCUGUACUGGCGGCCUCCAGAUGCCAAGAGGCAGACUAUUAUGAAGCUGGUGUACCAGUACGACCGGUGGAGGGGUUCCACCUUGUUGACUGAGCACAGCAAGAGACUCCAGCUUGCUGGCCCACCCUUCAACGCAGAGGCUGGGAGCUUCUCCUUCCUGCUCACACCUGGGUUGAAAGAUGGUGGCCUCUACAUCUGUGAGGUGUUCCUUAAUGACAACACCUUCAGCCAGAGGACCCAACUCAGCGUGCUGAAAGUUAAAACCAGCUACUCUUCCUCGAAGGUGGAGUUGGGGUGCCUGUACUCAGAGCGGUCCCAGGUCCAAGGUGCCAGUUGGAAAUACCAGAAUAAGAGUCGCCAGCUAAACUUGUUCAGCAAAAGCCCUGGCAGCAUCACCACCAUCCUGCCCAUACCCAUCACCUCUGACACAGCUGGGAACUACACCUGCACCCUACAGCUGAAAAAUGGGCAGACCGUCUGGGCAACACAAGCUGUCACGCUGCCCCUCGAAGGUGGGAGAGAUGUGAGUGUCCCCAAACCCUCCCUGCUCCCUUCUCUCUCUGCUUUAUUACUCCUGGUGCCCCUGGUUGCUGCGGCUGUCUGUGUGUUGCUAUGGAGACAGAAACACAUUUCUGAUCGCGCUAUUGAGCAGUCUCUGUCUGUCCACUCGGGUGAAGCAGAGAACGUCUAUGAGAAUCCUGAGGACAUCAGACAGGCUCCUCCCGAGGGCUCGGUCUACAUGGAUUUGAAGCCAAGAGGAGAGGAUGAUGUCUAUAAGGAACUGGAGCGAUACGAACAGUGUCAGAGCUGAUCACCUACCCACAUCUCAUCCUCAUCCAGCUGUCAUAUCUGCUCAGUUCCCAGCUGCAGCAGAAGGCCUUUAUAAACAAAAGUAACAACUGAAUGUCAGGAGUUUGGAUGUGAAGAAAAACUUCAGUGCUUCAGGGAAAAGCAACUCAUUUGUUUGAAUGUUUUUUGCAUUCUAAACUAAUGCUCUUUAUAUGGUCUUUGUUGUCGAUUUGCUUUAAUGUCAUGCUUUGCAUACAGAGGAGAAGCAGAAAGAUUUUCACAAAAGGCUCUAAACCUUGUUUGGAAAUGUAUAUGUUAUUCGCUGACACUUUGUUUUAUUUUCUUGAGCAUUUGCUUUUGUACUAGCUGUAUGGAUAUUUGUAUUUAAGUGUAGGCAAUUUUAAAUAAACGUUGUCUGUAACUGUU